AUAAGUCGGACAAAACUUCUAACCGGCAUGCCCUGCUUCAAGUCAGCCAUCGAUCGGUCUGCGGAGUUUAGUGUUAUUCCAUGUGUUGAUGUAAUUUCCACUGAAACAGGAAGUCAGGGCAUGACAUAUGAAAUGGCUCCUCACCCUUUUUAAAUAGACAAUAUAGCGUUUAGCUUGCUUCACAGCACGGACUAAGCCGUACUUGACGUGGAUUGAGUACCAUGGAUUAUUAUAAUUGCUGCUAGUGGGACACUUCAGAUUCUACAGAGCAUUUGAUUGGACAGAAAAUCUGAUGAGCCACAGAAGUGCAAAAUGAUGUCAUUAAACUUGUUGAUUCGUAUUGAUGGUAGAGAGAGACUGUAAAUGUUGAAUGCAUAUAUCUUCUAAAUGUGAAUUUUUGUCGUUUUUUUAAGAGCCCACUAGCUUAUAGAUACCCUUAACGCUAACAUAUUCAUACCAAAAGUCACAAAACUCCAGUGAGGGCUUUAAAAACGUAAUCAGGCAUCACUAAUCGCAAAUCCCUUCGACUGAUCCGUUUCUGUGCUCGACUCGUUAAGCCUGGUUUCACACACAGCACAUGGCUACCGCACUCUCCACUACCACACUGAUAACUACAUGGGAAUAUUUACUCAUUUAACGAGCUAAUACUUCAGAACCCGCGGUCCAUUUUUGAGAAAAACAACAAUGUCACAGGUUCAAGCGAGGUUUUUCACCGAAAACAAAAAAUUCGCUGUAGAUGAUGUGCCUUUCUCCAUCCCGGCUGCCUCAGAGGUCACACACCUGAGCGAUGUGAUAAACAAACUGCUGGAGGCCAAGAAUGCGGAUCACAAACAUGUGCAGUUUGACUUCCUGGUUCGAAGCCAGUUCCUGCGCUCCGCACUGUCCACUCACAUGGAGGCAGAGAACAUCUCAACGGAAGACGUCGUGGAGAUCGAGUACGUCGAGAAGUUUGCUGCGCCGCAGCCAGAGGAGUGCAUCAUGCACGAUGACUGGAUCAGCUCGGUGGAGGCAGACUCAGAAUGGAUCCUCACAGGGUCGUAUGAUAAGACAGCACGGAUUUGGUCUCUCGAAGGGAAGGCGAUGGUGACGGUCGCUGGACACACGGACGUGGUGAAGGAUGUGGCCUGGAUAAAAAGAGAGGGACUGACCUCGCUGCUGCUCACCGCCUCGCUGGACCAGACGGUGCUGCUGUGGGAGUGGAACUCUGAGAGGAACAAACUGAAGGCUCGGCACUGUUGCCGUGGACACGCUGGGAGUGUGGACACCGUCGCAGUCGACCCCACGCGCACUAAGUUUUGCAGCGGAUCUUGGGACAAAAUGCUGAAGCUCUGGUCAGCAGUUCCAACAGAAGAGGAGGACGAGGUGGAGGAACCCAACAGGCCACGGAAAAAGCAGAAGACUGAACAGCUGGGUCUGACGAAGACUCCUCUGAUGACUUUAUCAGGCCACACAGAGGCCGUUUCCAGCAUCCUGUGGAUGGAUGCGGAGGAGGUGUGCAGUGCAUCAUGGGACCACACUAUUCGGCUAUGGGACGCGGAGACGGGAGGGCAGAAAAGCACGCUGACAGGCAGCAAGGUGUUUAACUGCAUCUCGUACUCGCCACUGUGUCGUCGUCUGGCCUCAGGGAGCACGGACAGGCACGUCCGUCUGUGGGACCCGCGCUCUAAAGAUGGUUCUCUGGUUCUGCUGUCUCUGACGUCACACACCGGUUGGGUAACAGCAGUCAGGUGGUCUCCUUCCCACGAGCAGCAGCUCGUCUCUGGUUCACUGGACAACAUGGUCAAACUCUGGGACACGAGGAGUUGUAAGGCUCCUCUGUAUGAUCUGGCAGCUCAUGAGGACAAAGUGCUGUGUGCUGAUUGGACAGACAGCGGGCUGAUUUUAAGCGGGGGCGCAGACAACAAGCUGUACACGUACAGAUACUCGGGGUGUGUGAGUGACGCCGGUGCAUAAAGCUCACUCCCACUUGAGCGAUUUCACACCCCCAGCACAUGAGUUCGCAGCAGAGCCCAGCUGUGUCCUGCAGAGAACCCCGCUUCACCACACAUCCUCUAAGCUGGACUCAGUAACUGGUGGAUUUCCACUGUUUUAUUUCUCCCGUUUUAUAUUUUUCAUAUCCACAGUUUGAUCCACAUCUCUGUUUGUCCUUUUUUUCUUCUGUAUUCGAAUUAAAUGUAAAGAAGACCUAUGCUGAUUUUAAUACAGAUUCACCUCAAACCAUCUCUCUGUUAUUCAUUUGUCACAGUCUGUCCAUUGAAGCCUUUACAUGUAUUAGUUUAUUCAUUUUAAUCCAGCCAUUUACACACAACAGGAGAUUCCAUUCAUUUAAUUACAUUUCCAUUGAGUGCUAGUAAUUUGAAUUAUUCCAGCAGACUACAAACGAUAUAUCUGUAACGAAUACAGUUCAGUGCAGAAGUUUGUGCACCCACAAAAUAUACAACGUUUAAUUCGUACCUAGAUGUGUAGUUUGUUCAGUUUCCCUCACUGCUAACAACAAAAUGUGUAUAAUGAUAGGAAUAGUAAAAAACUAUUUAAAAUGUGAUAGAAAUGUUCUGUAAUAACUUGGAAGGGCAGUCUUUGCCUUUAUAAAUGCCUCUGAUAUCUUUCAUAUCCUUAAAACUGGAUAGAUAUGGUAGAGCUUAUUACGUAUAAACCAAUUUUCUGUUCAUUUUAUCUUUUGAUUUGGAUGCUUUGUUUAUUAAAUCCUGCCUGUCAAAAAUAAAAAUCAGCCCAUGCGUCAA